AUGUGCUCUCUCAGCGCAGCCAAUGGCAAGUUCUGUCUUGACUUUUUCAGAGAGCUGAGCAAAAGAAAAAGAAAUGAGAACAUCUUCUUCUCCCCGCUAAGUCUCUCAGCUGCCUUUGGGAUGGUUGUCCUUGGAGCCAGGGGUAACACACUGAAACAGAUUGAGAAGAGGGAGGCUGCACUUCACCCUCAGGUCCAGCUUUGCACAGGGAAGCUCAAGCCUACUAAGAAACUUCUGGUUUCCUGUUUGAAGUGUGAAGAAGCUGGAGGAGUCCAUUCCCAGUUCCAGGCUCUGUUAGCUGCAGUCAGUGAACCCAGACCAGGCUGCUCUCUGACCAUUGCCAACAGGCUUUUUGGAGAAAUUACGUAUCCAUUCUUCCAGCAAUACCUGGAUUCCACAAAGAAAUUCUAUCGAGCAGAACUCGAAGCAGUCAAUUUUAAAUACACUGAAGAAGAAGCCAGGGAGAAGAUUAACUUCUGGGUGGAAAGUGAGACAAAAGGUAAAAUCAAAGACCUAUUUGCUGCUGGGUUUAUUGAUCCCUCCACUGUACUUGUCCUGGUCAAUGCUAUAUAUUUUAAAGGACAGUGGGCAGUAGAAUUUAAGAAAGAAGACACUAAGGAAACAUAUUUCCGACUGAACAAGAAUGAGAAAAGGACAGUGCAGAUGAUGUUUCAAGAAGGUUAUUUUAACAUGGCCUUCAUAGAUGAAAUGAAAAUGAAAGUGAUAGAGCUCCCGUACUUUGACAAUGAACUGAGCAUGUUCAUUCUUCUUCCUGAAGUUGCCUGUGAGGACUUUACUGGCCUAGAACAGCUUGAAUGCACACUCACGUAUGAAAAACUAGCAGGAUGGACCAGCUCAGCUAGGAUGCAGCAGCUGAGAGUGAAGGUGUACCUGCCCCAGUUCAAGAUGGAGGAAAGUUACGUUCUCAACAAAACUCUCCAGGAGAUGGGAGUGAUGCAUGUUUUUGACUGGGGAAAAGCUGAUUUGUCAGGAAUCUCUAGGAAAGAUGGUUUAGUUGUGUCCAAGGCCAUCCAGAAGUCAUUCGUGGAGGUCAACGAGGAGGGCACUGAAGCAGCUGAUGCCAUGAGACUUGUUGCAGUACCUCUGUGUUGCCCAGUUUCUUAUGAAUUCAGAGCUGACCAUCCAUUCAUCUUCUUCAUCAGACACAACCCAACCAACACCAUUCUCUUCUUUGGGAGAUAUUCCUCCCCUUAAGUGGAGGUUAUAUUGGAAGUUAGAUCUUUCUCCCCACUAACAUCCACAUUGGGAAACACUGAGGACAAAAGAUGGGCACAUUUUUGUUGGGCUUUAUCCUAAUGUGUUAAUUUGCUGUAAAAAAGACUGUCUGAUAAGAGCCAAAUUAGAGGUAAAAACCUAAAACACAUUAACACUUCCCUUUCUAACAUCAACUUCAGGCAUGUUUUACCUCUAGGAGGCCUCACCAAGAUGACAUCUACCUUAAAAAGAGCUGUAGGCCUCUAGAGACUUAUGCACAGAAAAUCUUAUUUUGAUCCUUUCCUAAUGUAGCAUGUCUCCAAUAAACCCAUGAUUUUAAUGCCCUAACAGGAGUGAGAGAUUCUCCCACAUGAAGGAGACAGGAGGAUAGGGAUCUGCAUUAAAAUUAUAAACUUGGGUAGUCAGUCUCUUUUAGCUUUGCCUACCCAACGUUUGUACAGAUCUUAAGGAAACGCGACUUUCUAUGGGAGGACCAAAGUAUUCCCAUGGGACCUCCCCUUUAAACAUUGAACAGGGGUAAUGGUUCAGGCUGGAAUGAGGCUCUUGAUAUUUGUUUUCAGAGAGCAGAGAAAGCAGAAGUCUUUUCUGGUGUAAUCUUGUUUGUUCUCAAGCAGGGGGGACCCAUUCCUUAUUUUUUCCUGUGAGAAACCCUGUAUGUGCUAGAAAGUUCUCCAACUUCUUCAUAAACUUCUAUGUAACAAAACCAGGGUUUCAGAAUAAUGGAAGGCCUCUUCUGACAAGGCCUGCUCUGUGAUGGCUGUGAAUUGGACACUUAAUUCCCACAUAAAACUUUAAGCUGUGAUCAGCCAUUCUUGCUUUUAAAAAAGACCAGCUCUCUUUCUUUGCACUUCUGAUACCAUGAGUUUCUUGUUCUGUCUGUUUUAUUCCUCAUCAGCAUGAAAAGCUAAUAAAAACAUUUAUAGUGAUGGCAUUUAGAUGGGUAGCCUGUAUUUGUUCCAUUUAUCAUGAUAACCACUGCAAACUAAAUAUUAACUGUAGUAGUCUGCAGAAUUAAGUGGAUAGAGGAACAGUCUAAUAUAGCAGGUAGAAAUAAUGGUAAUGCUUUCAAAACUAAGUGACACUGAAGUCUACCUCCCAUUUUUAAAUAUUCAUUGUGCUAAGUUUAGGCACUAGACAACUUGACAUUAGGACAGGCAAACCCUGAGCCUCACCUACUGCUUCUCCCUUGCAUUUGACUUUACCAGGGAAUUAAAAGUGCAGUUUUAGGACAUGGCUGUGUCAGUUUAAUGACAUUGAGGAGGACGAUGCUGCUGCGCCCCUUGUCUCCUUCCUUCCAUGUGUUCUUGCUCCCUCCCUUACACCACCACUAUUACUUGCCUGACUAGGGGACGAACAGUUCUCUGGGACCUAGAUCAAGAAGAAAAUUUUUAGUAACGUUAACUU